CUAUCUGACACAGAGAGAAGGCUAAGAACGAAUUCGGGGUGGAGAAAAAAGGGAGAGAAAAAAGGACCCUCACCAAUCUGGCAUCUCCAUCAACUCGAGUGCCAAGUUGGGUGCUGCCUUGGCCCAUUGCUGCGAGGCGUAGAAAGCUGCUGGCGACCGUCAACCACCAUGGUCGCCGCAUCGGGCCGAACACUCUUGCGACAGCACAAGCCAUUCGCCGAGUGCUCGAGCCAUGCUGUCAGGCGCUACGAGCCCCCGAGGCGCUUCCAAGGCUCUUACGGAGGCGCCGCAUUGACGACGGCCGUGGGAAGAAGCUACAGGCAGUCGGCACCAGGUAGCCAGGGAGACGAGCGAUAUCUCAUCAUUAGAUCCUUCUUCUCGGGCAUCGCUGAUGGGAUCAAAAGAAACGAGCGAGUCCCCAAAUAUGUCUCGCUACGGUCUCGAGGCUUUUCCUCGUCCAGCCUCCGAGCAAGCGAUGGGAAGCCGCCGCCGCCGCCGCCUGGCCCGCGCGAUGCAGACCAACAAAAAGGCCAGAAGAUCGAGCAGCCCGACCAUAGAUAUACUGCACCCUUCCACAACUAUCCUAGAACACUCCGAGAGCUCGCGAUGCGAGCGAGGAGCGAGGUUCAGCAGAAUGAACAAGGAAGCAGUAGUGAAGGGCCACCGGUGGAUCCGGCUCAUAACCCGUCUGAACACGACAAGCACGAUACCACCGGUCCAUCUUCUCCAACGUCGACGAGCUCGACCUCGCGCUGGACACGGCCGCGGCCACCUUCCAAGGAGGACCUCUUGCGAAUCACCCAAGGCUUCUGGACCCGCAUGCGCAUCCGAUUCAAGUGGUUUACCAUCCGCGGCUUUCGGCGCUUCAAUGCCGACGACAUCAGCGCCUUCUUCACCUUGGGAGGGCUGGGAACCAUUCUCUGGAUCGCCAUUGGCACAACGACGUUUGUGUCUGUCGUCUUUGCCGCCUUGAAUGCGCUCAAUAUGCAGGAGUGGAUAGCGCGCAAGAUCGCAGACUACCUCACCUCGGAGACGGGUGUCACCGUCAUCUUUGAGAGCGCAAUCGUGCCCAAGUGGAAGGACUCGCGAAUCUGCUUCCAGAAUGUCUUUAUUUCUCGAAGGGCAUACGGCCACGAUGUCGAGACGCUGCGAGAGGAGCGCUUGGCACUCCGUCGCGGCUCGCGCCAGGAGAGACGUCGUCGCAUGACGGCAUUCACAGCCGGCCAGGGCAUGGCCUGGGAGGGCACCGACAUUGAAGACCGCUACGGCAUCCAGCAUGACGAUAGUGAGGUGGCACCGCCCAUGUCCGACAGGGCUCGUGGCGAAGAGUUGGUUGAGAGCGAGGUGCUGGAUGUGCGCAACAAUUACACCAUGUUCGAUCUCAACGUCGACAGCAUCGAUGUCAAGCUCAGCUUCAGCCGGUGGUUCGAUGGGAAGGGUCUCAUCGAAGAUGCCGUCGUGCAAGGUGUUCGGGGUAUCAUAGACCGUCGCAAUGUUUUUUGGGACCCCGAAAAGCCUUAUGACCCGCGUGCAGCCCGGAGACAGGCAAAGCAUGGCGACUUUGAGCUCGCCUCGCUAAUGGUGUCUGACUUUCUCGUCACGGUCUACCAGCCCGGGGACUUCCGACCGUUCAACCUCAGCGUAUUCGAGGCAGCUGUCCCUCGUCUUCGCAAGCAGUGGCUCUUUUACGACCUGCUCAGCGCAGACCGAAUCACUGGCCAGAUCGACGGCUGCCUCUUUAGCCUGCACAAGCCCCAGAGCAUUGGCCGCACAACGGGACGAGAACGGGAGAUCAUGUCUGGACGGUGGAAGACGCUGUCUCGCCUGAGAGUCGACGGUGUCAACUUUGACCAUAUCCAGAACCAGUCUGACCUCCACGGACCCGUCUCCUGGAUCCUUUCGGGCAAAUUUGAUGUCGUGGCCGACAUCAAGUUUCCCCGCGACAUUUCGACGGACAUUGACAUCAAUGUCAUCCUUUCCGAGAUGUUUGACAACAUCACCCAUGCCGUCUCGGGAGACCCUUGGGAUCGCAACCCUGUGCCCGACGAUGCGCCGAUUCCCGGCCAACACCGCCUCAGUGGACCAGCGAUCGAGGCGCCUGUGACGACCGUAGGACCUGCUGCCGAGGAAGCUUGGCGACAGAAGGCCGAGGAGAUGGAAAAGCAAAAGAGCGAAGAGGGCAGAAAGAAGCGAGGCGAGAGGCGGCGGAGAGGAGCAGUGGCGGCGGCGGAACAAGCUGGCACCACCGCAAACACCAAAAUUCAGACAGACGCCGAAUCUUUGGCAGUGUCCCCUGUCCCUUCCUCAUCGCCAUCCCCGUCUGCUCCGCCGUCGACAGCGUCAAGAGGGCAUGUCGAGACUUCGGAGACGAAGAGCCAUGCUAUGCACCCGGCCAGCGUCAUCAUCGACCUCGAAGUGCGAUUCAAAGACAUCAAGGCGGCCGUACCCCUCUUUUCCAGCGAUCUCACCUAUAGGACGCAGACAUUUGUGCGGCCCAUUGUGGCCUUCAUGAACGCCAACCAUACCCUGAUUCCCGUCCACUGCCGCGUGGUCAUGGAUCUGAGCGAGUUUGACGGCUCCAUGGAUCUGGCUCAGACAGGCUUGCUCCCUGUGGUCUCGGACAAAAUCUACCAGGCCUUGGCCAACCAUGUGACAUCACAGCGGGCAAACGGCCAGAGGAUGAGGAGCGUCUCGACGUGGUGGCUCAAGCUGGCCAUGGACAACGCGUUGCAAGCCGCCGUCCUCGUACGGGACUCGCUGGCCAGUCGCUUGCAGACUGCCUCGUCAUCGGAAUCAAUGACGCUGGCCGAGAAUAGGCAGCAAUAGUAGCUUCGGUCCAUGUACUGUACUUGUAUCUAACCUCCUGCAAGCCAUUUCACCCUUCUUCCCU